CCCGAAACGGGAUAUGUGUACUUAACAGACAAGGAACGUUUGUAGUUUGUAGCCAAGCAUUGCCAAAAGACUUGCACUGUUUUAGCGGGUACUGCAACUUUCUUUGUCAUGACUAAGGGACAGGUCAUCAAGUGCAAGGCAGCUGUUGCUUGGGAACCUGGAAAGCCACUCUGUAUCGAGGAUGUGGAAGUGGCCCCACCUAAAGAUCAUGAAGUGCGCAUUAAGAUAUCGGCCAGUGGGGUGUGUCACACUGACUGGGCGUACCUGUAUGAGGCCAGCAGGGGGAUGUACCCCAGACCGUUCCCCCUGGUCUUGGGUCACGAGGGAGCAGGAGUCGUGGAGAGUGUCGGGGAGGGAGUCACCAAGUUCUCACCAGGGGACAAAGUGAUUCCACUGUUCCUACCACAGUGUGGAGAGUGUGAACGCUGUCUCAGUCCAAAAACGAACCUGUGCAAAAAGAACUGGCAAAACACCCAGAUGGGAGUUCUAGCAGACGGCACAAGCAGGAUAUCCUGUAAAGGCCAGCAGGUGUACCAGUUCAUAGGAGUCGGUUCGUUCUGCCAGUACACAGUGGUGGCUGACACCUCCGUCACUAAGAUCAGAGAGGACGCUCCGCUGGACACGGUGUGUCUGCUGGGCUGUGGCGUAUCCACCGGCUACGGCGCAGCUCUCAACACUGCCAAGGUUGAACCUGGGUCGACCUGUGCAGUGAUUGGCUUGGGGGCUGUGGGUCUCGCAACGGUGAUGGGCUGCAAGGUUGCCGGAGCAACCAGGAUCAUCGGAGUGGACAUCAACCCUGACAAGUUUGAGAAAGCCAAGGAGUUUGGAGCCACUGAGUUUGUGAACCCUAAGGAGCACAGCAGGCCCAUCCAGGAGGUGCUGGUGGACAUGACUGACGGGGGGGUGGACUACGCACUGGAGUGUGUCGGGAACGUCACCGUCAUGAGGGCUGCUCUCGAGGCUACGAAGGAUGCGUGGGGCGUGUGCGUCAUCGUGGGCUGGACUGAGACGGAGGAGAUGAGUCUGGUGGUGGAAGACCUCCUGCUGGGACGCACCCUGAAGGGAACCUACUUUGGAGGCUGGAAGAGUGUGGAGAGUGUCCCUAAACUGGUGGAUGACUACAUGAACAAGAAACUCAAGCUGGAUGAGUUUGUGACUCACACUGUGAACCUAGACCAAAUCAACGAAGCAUUUGACCUCCUGACCAGUGGGAAAAGCAUCCGAACAGUUGUGAAACUGAUGGAGAUACUCCAGCCUUCUGGGCAAAGAUGAAGUUCGUUGGAGCAUCUUACCAUGCUAGAUGCUGUAUUUAUGUGUCACUUUGCGGGUUUAAUUUAGCUAUAAUUCAGUAACAUUUACAAGGAUUACAUAUGCAUGGCCACACAUUAUGUGUUUAUUGAGUGUUUCGUGUCCAAUUGUGAUCGCUUUGUCUGUUGGCAUCAUAAACCAAAUCCAUUUCCCCA